AUGACCACGCGCCAUGGCUUCUCCUCCGCCGCUCUCCGUCUUCUUCGCCGGCCACCACCGUCUGCCUCGUACGGCAGAAGCUUCAGCGCCUCUAGGCACCUGAAGGAGCAAGAUCCGGAGGAAAACGAUCCUCCCCCCGAAAAGACCGACUAUGAUUACCGGAAACCAAGCUAUGCAGCUCGGCGCAACUUCCCGGCUCAUAUACGACACCUGAUGCGCUCCACGCCGAAUCCUCUCACCGUGAUCACAUCCCGUUGGCCACCCCAACAAUCCCAAGACGAUGCGUCUGGCGCAUUGGGAAACCAGCGUGACGGACCGGCACCAGAGGUUCAGGGAAAGGACGCGGACCAGCUGCCCAAGACCGCGGGCCUUCUCGUCUCCUCGUUCAAUACCGUCACGCUGACUCCCAAACCUUACGUCUCCUUCAACAUCAGACUCCCCUCGAGUACUUACUUCGCCAUCAAAGCCUCCUGCGAAUUCACCGCCAGCGGCCUCAAAGAUGCGCGGGUCGCCGAUGCCUUCGUGAAGCGCAAAGUCGCGCGGGGGGAUCCGUACGGUGAGAGCGUUUGGCAUGGUUUGAUCGAGAGUGACGGUCGCUUGAAGGAGGGCAUGGGCGGAACGUGGUGGAUGCGAUGCAGGCUUUUGGGAGAGAAGUGCGUGGAGGUGGGAGACCACGUGGUCGUCGUGGCGAAGGUUGUGGAGUCUGGGGGCUACGAGGGCGGAGAGGGUAUAGGGUUGGUUUAUGCCGAAGGCGGUUACCGGAAGGUUGGGGACGUGGUGGGUGUGGACGAAGAGAAGGCCGAUGGUUGA